GACACCGGGUAUGAGACCAUAUCUCUGUAUCUGACUGGGGUUCGAGAUGAUGCGACACCUCAAGUAGGACCACAAAGGGAGUGGUGUCUCCGGAACUGUGUCAUCAUCCGCAACAUCAACGGACAACAUGGCAGUUACCUCCCACUUAGGACUGCUGGCGUCUUCUGUUGCCCAUACAUCGUCAUCCAUUGUGGAUGCCUGGGAUCACAGAGCCAACACGACACUGUGCGACAGCCAGUCUUUCAAUGAUUAUGUGCACAAGUUCAAACGACAGAGUGGAUUUUACAAACAGUUCAAAGGCUUGCCGGGUGGAGAGCUCGCCGCAUGUUUGGUGGGCAAGACAACAACGAACCGCCGAAAGAAUCGAUAUAUGAACAUACUUCCCUAUGAUCAUUCACGCCUAAAGCUACAAAGUGGAGACUGCCAGAGAGGGAACGACUACAUCAACGCCAGUUACAUAAAUGGUUAUGGAAAGCCGUGUUUCUUCAUCGCUUCUCAAGGACCAUUACAAGACACAAUACCCGAUUUUUGGAACAUGGUACUCCAAACUGGUGCUCCCACAAUCGUCAUGCUGACAAACCUUCAUGAAAACGGCAAAGUAAUGUGUCGCCAGUACUGGCCAGAUCUUGAGUGUGUUGACCAAUAUGGGGACUUCCGGGUCCAGACUGUCAGGGAAAUGGCCAUGGCGGACUACACAAUCAGGGCAUUCUCCAUAUCACAGAAAGGUCAGAAAGAUGUCCACAGUUUGGUCCACUACCACUAUACAGCAUGGCCUGACUACGGCCAACCAGUGGACACACAGUCUCUUCUCAACUUCCACACAGAGGUGAAGGGGGCGUGUGCUGCUGGACCCCUCGUGGUGCAUUGCAGUUCUGGAGUGGGGAGAACGGGGACAUUCAUUGCUCUUGACUAUUUGCUGGACCAGGCUACAGCGGAAGGUGGUGUUGAUGUUUUCGAGUGUGUAAAGAGGCUUAGAUGCCAGCGUAUGAAUAUGGUUCACCACCAGCGUGACUAUGAACUACUGCACGAUGUGUUGGCACUGGCUCUCGGUCAAAGGAUCCUCCAACUGAAGAUAACCCAAGGUGCCAAGAUGGCAAGUGAGGAGUCGUCCUGUGGCGUUCUGCCCAGUGUCGAGUUGUGUCCACCCUUAGAAAUAGUGUAUCCACCAUGUGAAGUGGUGUUUCCAUCCCGUGAGUGCCACACUCCAGUCAGUGCCACACGCUCCAGCCUUGUGUCAGUGCCACACGCUCCAGCCUUGUGUCAGUGCCACACACUCCAGCCUUGUGUCAGUGCCACACACUCCAGCCUUGUGUCAGUGCCACACGCUCCAGCCUUGUGUCAGUGCCACACGCUCCAGCCUUGUGUCAGUGCCACACGCUCCAGCCUUGUGUCAGUGCCACACGCUCCAGCCUUGUGUCAGUGCCACACGCUCCAGCCUUGUGUCAGUGCCACACGCUCCAGCCUUGUGUCAGUGUCACACGCAGCAGCCUUGUGUUUAGGCAACACAGUAUUGAACGUGUUCCACAGAAUGUUCACCAGGCAGCAGUUCAGGCUGAUGCUGGUUCUUCUCCUGUCCUUCAAGGAAGAGAUCAUACUAGGAUUCAUAUAUGCGACCAGGAAAGUGGCGCGUGUUCCAAGUGCUUUGCAGGUUGGACCGGGGAAAAUUGUGAAGGUUACCUUGCAUGACACAGAAGAAUUCCUCGCUUUACAUAAAUACAGUAACCAGAGAAAUGAUAUGAAGCCUUACAGACUAAAUAAUGAUAUCAACACUAGUGGCCAUCAGCGCUGUUUUACUAAAGGCAGAACAGUGUCACAAUGUCGUCUCGACCGUCAACAACGGAGCGAGGUUCAGCACAACCACGAGAUCAGUGACUGUAUGGAGACUAAAGGAGCGCGUUUGAAGCACAUGGCCAAGACCAAAGAACAACGCUACAGAAGAAGCUUAAGCGACGGCCAUGAAGUAACACACCAGUCAAGAACCCCAAUCGGAUAUUCCAGAACAGGACAGACCAAAAAUGGAAUCGUCACCUUCAAUCAUACAGGCGCUGACAGGAUCAUGUCUGUACCCAGGUUCAGCGUAUAUUAUGACCACCAGUUGGAUGCAUCAGAGACAUUCCGACCUACAGAAGGACUUCAGCAGGUUGGUGACCGUGAGUCCGCGACGUUUGAGGUUGAAGCAAUGACUCCAGCAUGUGGCGGACAGGUUGGGUUGAGUCCCCCCAGACUCAAGACAACAGCAGUGGCGUGCCGGCAUUUCACGGACUACAUACACAGAAUGAGGCUUUAUGGCGGGUUCAUACAACAGUUUGAAGAACUACCAAAAGGCGAGCUUGCAAUGUGUGCUGACGCUAAGAGGCCUGCCAACCUCGGACAAAACAGAUUCAAGAACAUGCAUCCAUACGACCACUGUCGAGUAAUUCUCCCUGGCAGCGAGAGGGCGAGUGAUUACAUCAACGCAAGCCACAUUAAUGGAUACGGAAAACCUCGAUUCUACAUAGCUACACAAGGACCUCUGCCAGAGACAACAGCCGACUUCUGGGACAUGGUUCGUCACUAUGAGGCCACGACAAUAAUAAUGCUGACAAACAUUUUAGAAAAUGACAGGAUGAAGUGUGUUAAGUACUGGCCUGACGUGGGAACGGCUCAGCAAUAUGGCGGGUCUUGUGUACAGACGGUUCGGGAGGAGAUCGGGAUGGACUACAGCGUCAGGACAAUGUUCAUAUCGGAGGAAGGUGGGCGUGGCCACCAGAUUUGCCAGUACCACUACACAGCAUGGCCUGACCAUGGGCAGCCGUCAAGUGACCAGUCUCUUCUGGACUUCCACUACCAUGCCAGGGCAACGUUUGGUGCUGGCCCUGUCAUUGUACACUGCAGUGCCGGCAUUGGUAGAACUGGAACAUUCAUUGCUUUGGACUAUCUGCUGGACCAGGCAACAGCCGAGAGUGUCGUGGAUGUGUUCCAGUGUGUGAAGAGACUCAGAUACCAGCGUAUGAAUAUGGUUCAAACUGCGGGGCAGUAUGAGUUUCUACACGAUGUGUUAGAGCUAGCCUUCCUUAAGCUGCCAAUGGACCACAACUGUUGAGUACAUCACAAACCAUGAAGGGAAUGAUAUGCGGUGCAGUACGCGUGGAAGAAACAAUGCUGGAGACUGAGGAGAAGCAGAACAACAAGUAUGACAGAAGGAGCACCCCUAGCUUAAAUUAUUACCAGAAGCAUCCAGCAUGAAAGGAGAAGUGUCCCAAG